GUUGACAGUAGAGGGGAGGAGUGCGAGAGGUGGCCGCCGGGAGUGUCAUCGCGGACAGUGACCAGUGUAGAGAGACACUGGAGGGAAGUGCCACCAUGGCUCAGCCUCCGCCACUCUCUGCCAGUCAUAUAGGGAGUUUUGCCUAUCUGACGGUGAAGGACCGCCUGCCCGUCAUCCUUACUCGUGUUGUUGACUAUCUCUGCAGGGAGAAGGAUUUUAUUGGUGAUAGUUAUGGAAAGGCUGGUCAAGAGAGUUGUAAGGAGGUUAUAGGACGUUUUUCUCAACUAAAAAACGAAAUCCAGACGAAUAAAGAACUUAUACCAAUACAGUCUCAUUGUGAACCUUCUAGUCCGUAUGAUGAUUCGGAUAUAUAUAAUGCUCAGUUGGAGAAGUAUAUUCGUGUCAAUGGGGUUCCACCCAAGUGGUUUACUGCUCCUUGGUUGUUUGUGGAAUGCUAUAUGUAUACACGCAUCCAUGAAGCCUUCUACCUAUGUAAUUCUCUUAAAGACUUUGACCCCUUCAUGGAUCAGAAGAGAAAAAGUUUGAGAGAUUCCAUGCAAGCAACCGAGGCUCUAGCAGCACACGUGUUGGCUCUGUGUAGAAAUAUGUCUACGCUCUCACAUGACCAGUUGAAACAUCAUGUUAUUAAGCUGGUAGAGGUUAGUGUGUGGGGAAACAGAUGUGAUCUCAGCAUAUCCGGUGGUGCUGACAGAUCUCAACACUCUGAUCUAUUACUCUCUCUAAAUGAACUACUGCCAAACAUGAUUGUAAAUGAUUCAGAUUCGCUGUGGCAGCUUCUAGAAGCUCUUCCAGAAGACCAAAGGGAUGUUGUACUAAUACUAGACAAUGCAGGAUUUGAACUGGUCACAGAUCUGUGCCUGUUGACCUUCUUAAUGGAGGCAGGCCUUGCCACCUCUCUCACCAUCCACCCUAAGACACGUCCCUGGUUUGUGUCGGAUACUCUGCGUACAGACCUUUCCUGGACCUUCGACACACUAAGAGAAGCUGGAGAAUGUGCUGGAGAGAUGGCUAAUAAAUGGACAAAUUACAUUUCCCUUGGACGGUGGAAAAUCACAGAAAAUAAAUUUUGGACUUUGUCUUACGACUUUGCUGAUAUGAGGGAGGUUGAUCCUGAACUAUAUUCUCAGCUGAGCAAGGCAUCUUUGAUUAUCUUUAAGGGAGACUUGAAUUACCGCAAACUCACUGGAGAUCUGAACUGGCCAACAACGACUGGCUUUGAACAGGCUCUUCGCGGUUUCUUCCCAGCCCCAGUAUUAGCUUUACGUACAGCUAAAGGUGGACCAGUUGUUGGACUGGCUCCUGGCAUUAGUGAGAGAAUUGCAGCAGUAGCACCUGACUGGAAUAUUAGUGGAGAGUAUGGGAUGAUCCAGCUCUGUACUUCUUCAUGAUAUGUUGACCUUUAAUCGUUAUUGUUAUCAGCAUGUUCUUGUCUUACAGCUUGUUUAUUUAAAUUUGAUGCUUAAAUCAAGUUUUGUGUAAUUAAAUGUUUGGAAACAUAACAGUGGGGUAGCAUAUUUUGGGUCAUUAGGAAUAGUACUUUUAUUGUUAACACUUUGCGUGGCCCGGUGGGCCCUCUGCAGUGCACCACACGGUAGGCAGCAUGUUGCCCAUGAGCUCAUAACCACACUCAAAUGUUUAUACUCUUUACAAUUUUCUCUCUCAAUUUCCGUGCUACAUUGGUCAUUUCGGUAUCAAAUUGUUCACAAUAGAAUGCUCUAAAGGGAUAUAUGCAUAUAAGGUCAAAAAGAACAACAACUUUACCAAUAUCAUAAAAGUACAUCGUCAUGUGAAAACAAACUGCUUUUCGUUAUUGUUUACAGUCGUUAUUCAUUCCCUACAUUAUUUGUUACACUAUAUCAUUCGUUUUUGUGUUGCUUCAUGUUUAUAAAGGCAGUAACAAAAAAUAAAUAAGGUAAAACUACCGGAACAGGCACACAUUUCAAACCGAGAGUAUGCUGUGGCAGUCAAGAGCGUUGUCACGAAAACCAUGCGCCUCUUGUGUGGGUGUCCACCCACUCAGAGGUGUCAUGAUGCCACGUGGGGUAUACAGAGAAUGGGAAGACGUUGGCGCUCAUUUUAAAGUCCCAUAAUAAUCGGACAAUAAAUGGAAUUUUUACAAAUAUUUUAAUUGUUGACGGCAUUAACGUCAUUUCGCACAAUACAGUACGUGUAUUGUAUUAAUGAUUGAGAACGUCAUCACAAAGCAAAAGUGUUAAGAAAUGAAGUUUCAGUAUUUCCGUUGUCAAAAUAUUUGCUACGUUUCUUGCUGUAUUCUUGCAUUUGAUACUUUGUUAAAAUUGUAUUGUCAAUGGUGGUUGUUAUUGUGGUCUUGUCCCAUAUUAUUGUAAUUCAUGAAGUUUCUGGCAAGUAUAAACUUAAUACUAACCAAAGGUUUGGUUAAAAUAUACCAUAGCAUAGAAUUCACUUUUAUAUUUUAUUAUUGAAAUGAUGAAUUUCCAGUUAUGAUAGUGUAACUUUAAAGUUGAAUGUGGCCAAAUAAAAAAAUAAUUUUUAAAUGGAUGUCUGAAAUGUGAUAUUUAUAUUAAGAACCAUUGUCUUAAUUCAAAGUUUUAUGUGUUAUUUGAAAUUUAGCCCAGGUUAUGGAACUGGUUAGGUUAUUCAGAACUGUAUUAUCCAUCAGAAGAUGUUCUGUCAAUCUUUUUACAUGCAAGUAUGACUGUGUACAGGGGUGUGUUAGAAGCAACUCCUGGUACCUUGCCCUAGAUGUGAACCCAGGUCCUCUUUCCUGCAAGACUAGUGUGCUAGGGUAAUGUUGAGAAAAUGCUUGGUUUUAAUGAGGGGGAAAACACCAUUAUGGGUGUGAGAUGAGAGCUUCUGCAAGGAAUAAUUUAAUGUAUUAUGCAAUUAGUAAAAACCCAGCAAGAUGUAAUGAAGUGCUAAUUUCUGGAGGAGCCCUUGUGGCUCCCUGAAGCCAUCUUCCCAAGAAUGCUUCUGGCCUGCCAGGGACCAGUCAGAACAUGGCCUUCCUCACAGAUGUGUAGAGAGCUGGUGACAAUCUGCCACCUCACCAGUCACGAAGCCCCAACCCAGAGAUACGGCAUCAAUAAGCACGAUAAGCGAACGGGGAGGAUGGUGCCAUAGAACAGAACCUUGAUAGGCCCAAACCCACUGAUCCUAGAAAUGGCAGAACCAGAGAAACCUGAACAAUGCCCAGAUUGAAACUCUGCCUAAAGAAAGACCCUGCAGGCAAAGUCCAGGCUCCAGCAUAACCAACCAGCCACUAGGGGCCAAUCCAACCCACAGACAGCAACAAAGUGGCAGGCAGAGCAAAGCCACUGUAGGGAAGACAGAGACUGACAACCACAAACAAGGCCCAGCCUAGUUCAAACCAGGGAUGGAACCAGCUGGAAAGGUCACCAGCUUGCCAGGAACAAUAGGAUACACACCCACUGUGUGUGUGUGUGUGUGCUGGCACUCUUUGCACUCUGUUGCAAACAGAGGGAUAGACAGUUGGAACAAGUUAAGUAAGAAGGUGGUAGAGGCCAAAACAGUCAAUAGUUUCAAAGCAUUAUAUGACAGAGUACUGGGAAGACGAUAUACCACAAGUGUAGCUCUCGUUCUGUAAUUACACACACACGACGCUUAGCGUAGCUGGGCCGGAAGGACCUGUACCACCAAAGAAAAGACAAGAAGCAAGACAUGAGCCACAAUGUUCUCCAUAAGUGGCAAAACUGGUGCUUAUAUGUUCUAGGACAACAGCUGCUGAGAAGCCUCAAGAGAAGAGGGAGGCUGAGCGCAUAGAGACCAAAUGAACAUAAAAUGCAAGUAGGGACUGUGCUGUAGGAGUCAGACCCUACAAGCAGCUAUGCCCCACAGUUGGCAGUAGGACCGACAAGCACCCUAUAAACUAGCACCAAGUGAGGGAAGAGUUUGGCAUAGCAAUCCAAUAAGACCAAACCAAAAUAUAGCAGGGUAAUUACCAUAGCCUGAAGGACGUGAACGAUACCCCCAGGCACCAGGGCUGCUUGCCAGAAGAACAGACACCAUCUGCCACCAAAACCAUCAAGCUGUGUGUGGUGACUGUGACAUCCCAUGUAAACAGGUGUACAAACCACCCCCCACCCCCCCCCCAGUGCACCCAACACAACCAAAGUAUAUCCUUAACUAUGGGCCUAAGGCAAGGAUCCCCACCCCCCCCAGUGGUCAGGGAAUUUCUAGAACAAACACCUAAACACUCCAGAGAAGGGAAACUCUGGCUGUGCAAAGGAAACAUUAGCGGGUACAUAGGGGAAAAGAACCCCAAGCACAUGCAGCUUGAAACACCAAAUGAGCCAAGCCCAUUCAACAAGCCAGGAUAAAAACAUGUGAAUGAAACCUACACUAAAAUGGAAAACAAUACACAAAGCAAAUGGCCCACACAGGACAACCAAAUCCAAAGAUGGCAAGCACUUAGCUUGAAGCUUCAGGGCUUGCCCACAAGCUGGUAUGACCAAAAACACUACAGGCUGGUUGCAAAGACACCAACAUCAGGAACAGGACUGACUUUGGAAGCUGGUGUCUGGGCUGGUUGGUGGUGCUAAUCAGUACUGUACUAGAGUUUCGAGCUCACUUCAGUGGAUCCCUUAUUUUAUUGUAACUCAUUUGCAGUUGUUUGGAAGUUUGAGACUUAAUUUUCUGUAAACCUUCCAGUUGCAUGUAAAACUGCAGUAACUUUCUGGAGGCUUCUUUUUUACUGGUGAGGUGGCAAAUUGUUAUUGCUCAUUGCACCUAUGUGAAGGGGGGUUGGGGGGGGGCAGAUUCUGGCUCUGGUCUCCAAAAGACCAAAUGGAACUACAGUAUCCACAACUGAUGGGACUUCUUAGUAUGAAGCAUUCUCAGAAACAUAGCUUCUGGGAGCCACAAGGGACUCCCUCCAAACAUUACAAUAGUUGAUAUGCUAAUGCAUUGACACCUUGUCUAGAGGGAAUAUUAAGUAUGAAAUGGGUGGACAUAUUGAAUAAGAAUGAAGUGCUUGACCUAGGAGUAUGUAAAGGUGAAUAAAUAUGUAAUUUGUUUUGUAAAUUGAUGCUACAAAUAUUUAAGUGAAGAGGGCAGGCACAUUUGCACACAUAAGAUGCUGGAACCUAUAAGCAACUGGUUGCAGGCCAUUGUUUAUUAGAAAUGACAGAGGAAGCAGCAGCUUUUAUUAUUGAGAAAGCAAAUUAUGACUGGUUUCUCACAUAACAUUAGAAGCCAUUUCUGAAUGUAUUACUGUGAUUUAAAUAGUUACUUGCAUGUAAUUAAGGUACCUUUAUAUUGAGUAACCUUUAAAGACUGUCACAGUAAUGUGGCUGAAAAUUACUUGAUCCCCGAGAUCUGAAAAUAAAAGGUGAUAACGUUUCAAACUGUCCUGGGCCAUUAUCUAGUCAGACUGAAGCGUCACUUCCUUUAUUUUCAAAUGUGUCUGUAGGGCAUCUCAUUAAAGAAGUUUAUAAUA